ACCGUCUAUUGGGCCUGCUGCAGCCACAUACAGCGGAGGUUAGGGUACUGGGAACCGGAGGGACGCGCUAGAAGGAACGCUGGUAUCCUUCGCAAAGUGUAUGACAAUGGGAGAUAUUUUGGCCUAUGAAGCAGAUUUACUUGGUUUAGUAAAAGAGUUUCUAAACUUUGGGGAUUUCCAGGAAUCCUUGAAAAUCCUUUCUAAAGAAUGUAAAGUAAAGGGGAAGCCACUGCCAAGAAGCUCUGGGAAUUCUGUGAGGGACUCCAAGACUUUGCUUGUCCAGAAAGAUCUGAUCUCUGCUUUUGAUGAUGGAGACGGGACAGUUUUCUUUGGGCUGUGGGAGGAACAUAUACCCUCUGAAACUCGAAAUGGUGACCCCAUGGCACAGAAGCUGGAGUUUUACCUGCACAUCCAUUUUGCCAUCUUUCCGCUGAAGCAGAAUAUUGGCCGUAUUGACCGUGCGGAUUGGGAAGAAAGAAUUUCUCACUUUAAAACCUACUUAGAGACAAGUGGAGCAGCCCUGAGCCAGACCACAGAGUUCCUCCCCUUCUAUGCUCUGCCUUUUGUCCCUAAUCCUGUUGCUCACCCAUCAUUCAAAGAGCUUUUUCAGGAGUCCUGGGCCCCUGAAUUGAAGACAAGGUUGGAGAAGUUCUUGUCUGUGACGCUGAAAGCUGGGAAUACACCUCGGCUCCUAACAUUAUAUAAAGACAGCACUCAAAAUAACCAAGAGUUAUUGCAGCAACUCCAGCAACAGCUGGUCGAGUCAGAGCGGCGAGCUAUAACCUACAUGAAACGAUACAAUAAGAUGCAGGCUGAUUACCACAAUCUGAUCGGGGUAACAGCUGAGCUGGUCGAUUCUCUGGAAGCCACAGUUAAUGGAAAGUUGAUAACACCAGAGUACCUGCAGAGUGUAUGUGUGCGGCUCUUUAGCAGCCAUAUGAGACAAAGUGCGGCUCAAAGCAUUGAUUUCACUCGGCCUGGAACUGGGUGUCACUGUCGUAAGGAAGAUGCUUCUUCUAUGCUGAGAGCAUCUAUAGCACCCACGAAGCCUCAUGAUGUGCCUUUGUUGCCUUCUUUGGAUUAUGAAAAGCUGAAGAAGGAUCUUAUAUUUGGAAAUGACCGUCUGAAAGCUUUAAUUUUGCAGGCUUUACGCUGGCGCUUUACACGGUCACAGCCUGGUGAACAAAGGGAUACUGUUCUACAAGCAUACAUUAGCAACGAUCUAUUGGAUUGCCAUCAGAUUGAGCAGAGAAAUGUUCUAAAGCUGCUACAUAGCAAGAAUGAAGUAGUCCGACAGUACACUGCACGUCUGAUUAAUGCCUUUGCAUCACUGGCUGAAGGCCGUGUAUAUAUCUCACAGAAUCCCUCCCUGCUUCACUACCUAGAAGAAACAUUAAAAACAGAAAAGAAGGAUUCCAUAUGCAGGGAAAACAUCCUGGGAACACUGCAAAAACUUAGUCUCAGGCGCUCAAUGCAAUCAACCAUGAUUCAGGAUGGCCUCAUAUUCUGGCUGGUUAAAGAUCUGGAAGACACUGACCAUUUGUCUGAUUACACUGUGGAAUAUUCUGUGGCCCUGCUGAUGAACUUGUGCCUCCGAAGUGCAGGAAAGCAAAUGUGUGCCAAGGUUCCAGGCCAUGUUUUGAGAGUUUUGUCUGACCUGCUUGGACAUGAAAAUCAUGAGAUUCGGCCCUAUGUAAAUGGAGCUCUUUACAGUAUUCUGGCAGUGCCUUCAAUACGAGAGGAAGCCAGAGCUAUGGGUAUGCAGGAGGUCCUCCGAUGCUUCAUUAAGGAAGGGAACACGGAUAUGAACCGUCAGAUAGAGUUCAUCAUACGGCAACUGAACUCAGAAGAAAAGCUUGAAGAAGCUGCAGAAUCUGAUGAUGAGGAAGAGGAAGAGAACGAUGAGGAGGAACAAGAUGUCAUGGAAGCUGAUCUAGACAAGGAUGAAGCUAUACAACCUCAUAAUGGAGAACUGACUGGAGAGAAGCUUCUGAUUACAGAAUAUCUUGGGAUCAUGACGAAUACAUUUAAAACAAAGAAAAAGAAUUUUCCUGGGAUUCUGCAGAGCAUUGAUGAGCCGUUGCAAAGACCUGUGACUCCAAGCAUUCAUCGAGUUGUUCAUACAGUAUCAGAAAAUCAUGCCUCACCGCCCAGCUCUUUCACUGUACACAAAUUAUCUUCUCACCAUAAUUCAAGGCCCCCCACCCGCAGUGGGAGUCGUCCCAGUACUACUGAUUACUGUGUUUCAUCUGCAUCCAUUGAUUCUGAAGCAUCUCAGGUCCUAUCACCAACCAGCCGAACAGACCAGCGGGGGGCAGUGACUCCUGCAUCACCACGGCUACUUGAUUUGGGACUAGACAAAAGUAAUGGCCAUACCAGCAGAUCUUGGCUGUCCCAGGCCUCUGAGCUGCCGAGUGUCAGCCCCCGUAAGGCAAAGACCCCCACCAUCGCACCCCAGUUCUCCCAGUCUGGUCCACAACAAACCAGCCGCCCGAGCUCUGCUGGAUCCUCUACGCGCAGUAGACAGAGCAGCCAGUCUUACAGAAAGUGAAGACAGCUCCUCUCCGUGGAAUCUAUCAGGUUAUUAAAUAUGCCGGAUGACUUCCUGAAAUCAGAUGCAGCAUCUCACAAUACCUCUCAUCAUGCCCAAGAGGCGCCUUCUCUCGGCUACACUCCCCCUAAUUCACCCAACCAGAUUCUUCUUCUAAAUACAACUGGAGCUCUAAGCAAACUGAUGUUUUCUGUGAAAAUAGCAAUAGGCAGUGAUUAGAGAUCUGCUUGCCUGAGCUAAGACCAUGUGUCUGGGUCUGCGUGGGUAAAAAAUGUUAUUCAUUCAUCAAUCUCCUACCUAUCUGCUUUGUAAAUUUCUAUUUCCUAACAGGUUUGUCUUUGAGGACAUUCUAGAAAUAAGAAAAUCCCUGACCUUUAUUUGAUUAAUAUAUUUUAGCUUAUGUUAAUUAUAUUUGUAAUUCUUAUUUGCUUUCCUUAGUAAUUUUGUUUGAUUAAAGUAUAUGACACAUUCUGUAAUCCCCACUGAGUCUGCCUGUAUAUUUUUAAUUAAAUUAAAUAAACAUUUUUUUAAUCGGUG